GGCCGGGCCCGGAGUCGGCAUGAAUCGCUGCUGGGCGCUCUUCCUGUCUCUCUGCUGCUACCUGCGUCUGGUCAGCGCCGAGGGGGACCCCAUUCCCGAGGAGCUCUACGAGAUGCUGAGUGACCACUCGAUCCGCUCCUUUGAUGACCUCCAGCGUCUGCUGCAUGGAGACUCCGUAGACGAAGACGGAGCCGAGUUGGACCUGAAUUCGACCCGCUCCCAUUCUGGAGGCGAACUGGAGAGCUUAUCCCGAGGGAGAAGGAGCCUAGGUGAGGCUGCAGGUUCCCCGACGGUCGCCGAGCCAGCCAUGAUCGCCGAGUGCAAGACCCGCACGGAGGUGUUCGAGGUCUCCCGGCGCCUCAUAGACCGCACCAACGCCAACUUCCUGGUGUGGCCGCCCUGCGUGGAGGUGCAGCGCUGCUCCGGCUGCUGUAACAACCGCAACGUGCAGUGCCGCCCCACCCAGGUGCAGCUGCGGCACGUCCAGGUGAGAAAAAUCGAGAUUGUGCGGAAGAGGCCAGUCUUCAAGAAGGCCACAGUGACCCUGGAGGACCACCUGGCGUGCAAGUGUGAGACGGUGGUGGUGGCUGGGCGGCCCGUGACCCGAAGCCCGGGGAGUUCCCAAGAGCAGCGAGCCAGGACACCCCAAACUCGGGUGACCAUUCGGACGGUGCGAGUCCGCCGGCCCCCCAAGGGGAAGCACCGGAAGUUCAAGCACACGCAUGACAAGAAGGCACUGAAGGAGACCCUUGGAGCCUAGGGGCAUCUGCAAGAGAGUGCGGGCAGGGUUAUUUAAUAUGGUAUUUGCUGUAUUGCCCCCAUGGGGUUCUUGGAGUGAUAAUAUUGUUCCCCUCGUCCGUCUGUCUCGAUGCCUGAUUCGGACGGCCAGUGGUGCUUCCCCCCUUCCACGCGCCUGCCCACCCACCAGCGGGUCCCCUCAUUGGCCUCCAGCGCCUUGCCCGGAAGCUCGAGAAGGAGACGAAGGACCUGAACUCCAUUGCUGUCUUCCUCCGCUGACCCCCGAGAAUCUGGGAGAGAAGGGCACGAGAGACCCAUGGCAUCGCUGCUCGGGGCCUGGAGCUCCCUCCCCCAGCGCCUGGCCCAGGUCCCACCGGAGCGCCGUGGACUGGCUGAAGCCCUGCUCGUGGCCCUGAGGCCGUCUAGGCGUGGAGGCCCUGCCUGGUCCCAGGCCCCCCAGCCAGCUCUGAAGGGAACCCGCCCUCCCCGGGCAGGCCAGGGUACCUCGUCUUUCUGUGGCUGAGACCACGCGUUGAACCAGAGACUGGAGGAAAAUUCUCCCACGGCACCCAGGCCCGGUCACUUCUCCCUGGUCACCUCUGCUUACAGUGGCUUCCUCUCGUUUUCUACCUAUGAAAUCUUUGAGGAUGUGGACUCCUCUGGGUGGGCGUGGCCCAAGCACCAAGCAGCCAAGUGCCCCCUCAGAUGGGUUAGAGAUGAAGUUCUGGUGCCACCAUGGAUGAUGAUCUGGGCACUCACUGCCUCCCUCCACUCCUCUACCUUCACCUCUUCUGUUUCAUCUCUCUACCUCCACCCUGCGUCUUCCUCUUGUCCUGGCCUUCAGUCUGCUCCACCAAGGGACGCUUGGACCCCAUACCGAGGCCGUGAAUAACCCUACUCACUGCCCCACUCGGCAGAAGACCAGGGGUCAGGGCAGCAGGGGGCCUGCGCAUCACAUCCCAGCCCAGCCAAGACGGCCGUGUAGGUUCGUGCAGGGUGUGCACUGCACAAGGGCACCGCGUGCAGGGGUCAUUGUUCAUGCCGUAGAACGUGGCCAAUCUGUGUAUUCGUUAGGACGGUUUCCUGGCAGAUGGAGAUAAAAUGUCUUGAGGAGAGGGAUCCUUUUCCUAACUGACCCAAAGGCUCCAAGUGGACUGGCUGUGUCCCGACCUCACCAAUGGGCUUGGAGUGGUUGGACGGGAGAGUGAGCCCACGCUGGGUGGGGAGGCCACACGUCGUCCAGCCGGCCUCCAUUUUCCUGAGUCCUCCGCUCAGGCGGUUCCCCUUCCUGGCAGGUGUGAAAAACCCUAGAGAAAGGCCCUGGGGGAGGGGGUAACCCUUGCUCUCUCCCUGUGCACUACCCCCACAGUAGAUUCCACCCCUCGAGGCUCCUCCCAGGAAACCGGCUCAUGGGCUGGGAGUGGGGGAAAGAAGGGAAAAGAAUCCCGGGGGUCCCUGGGGUGGAGUCUGAUCUCCCACCUCCCCUCCACCUACUGCACCUCCCCCCCAACCCCCCUCCUAAACCUGCUUUCUUCAGUUUGUAAAGUUGGUGAUUAUAUUUUUGGGGGCUUUCCUUUUAUUUUUUAAAUGUAAAUUUAUUUAUAUUCCGUAUUUAAAGUUGUAAAAAAA